GGGCUUGGUUCUGCGAGUCGCGGAUGAUCCACAUCCAGCCACACUGCGACUGGACGCGGAGACGCAGGAGGUGUCUCAGGAGCAUCAUAUCGGCUGAUCUUAUGUUGGACUCACUCGUUUUACUCUAGUUACUCGGUCGACUGAAAACAACAGCAAAGGGAGGACAACAAAAAUGGGACAAUCGUCAAUUCCAAUUUUGCUGGCCGUGCUGUCUUUGUACGCAAAGGGAAACGUCGAGGCCCUGGCAAUGAGCGAGGUGAAUGGCCCCAGCCCCCAGGUGGCAGAACCGCAGAUUGCAAUGUUCUGUGGCCGUCAGCUCUUGCACAUGAACCCGCAGACGGGCCAGUGGGAGCCGGACCCUCAAGGCCGCAAGGACUGCUUCAAAGACCCCAGUGAAAUUCUCUCCUACUGUCAGGAGAUGUACCCAGCGCUUUCCAUCUCCCACGUAGAGGAGGCAAAAAGUCCUGUGAACAUCCCUUACUGGUGUAAGAAAGGAUGGAGCCACUGCCAGGCACGCCCCUUCAUAGUGGUGCCCUAUCGCUGCCUAGAAGGUGAGUACGUAAGCGAGGCCCUGCUUGUUCCAGACCGAUGCCGUUUCCUCCACCAGGAGAAGAUGGAUGCCUGCGAGAGUUACGUGUACUGGCACAACAUUGCGAAAGAGGCGUGCAUCGUAGACAAUCUGGAGCUCCACAGUUACGGAAUGCUUUUGCCGUGCGGAGAAAAUUUCCGCGGGGUGGAGUAUGUAUGCUGCCCAGGUCGAAGCAGCACCAGCGGCAAGGCCGAAUUGGAGGAAAGAGAACUCGCUGGCCACCAGAUCUCGCAGACUCACGGAAUACUUAAUCCUGUUGCCAAAGUGAUUGAACCCACUCCGAGCCCCUCCCCCGACACCGACAUGUACGAGACCGACAUGGAGGAUGAAGAUGACGAGGUGGUGGAGGAAGACGAAGAGGAGGUGGAUGAGGAUGAAGAGGAUGAGGUAGAUGAAGAGCCGGUGGAGGAGGAGGAUGAGGAGGAGCCCAUAGCGGUGAGAAACCCGGAGAAGUACGAAUACCCCAUCGACUCGGGCCCCUACCAGACGUCGGAUUAUCUGGAUUCGUCCUACUAUGACAAAAACUACAAAGCCACGACGUCACCACCUCUGAUGAAAGGAGACAGCGUGACAACCACUCGACCCACAGAUGGCGUAGAUGUUUAUUUCGAGAAGCCGGUGGACGACACGGAGCAUGCCAACUUCCUGCGUGCCAAAACAGACCUGGAGGAACGGCGAAUGAAGCGAAUCAAUGAGAUCAUGAAGGAGUGGGCGGAGGCAGACAACGAGUCAAAGAAUCUGCCAAAGUCAGAACAGCAAGCCCUAAAUGAGCACUUCCAGUCCGUUCUGCAGACGCUUGAGGAACAAGUGGCGGGCGAGAGGCAGAGGCUGGUGGAAACUCAUCUGGCCAGAGUGGAGUCCAUACUCAACAACAACCGCCGCCUGGCCCUGGAGAACUACCUGACCGCAGUCCAGUCUGACGAGCCACAGCCCGAGCGAGUGCUGCAGGCUCUCAAGCGCUACAUGGCGGCCGAGCAGAAGGACCGCAGACAUACGCUCAGGCACUACCAGCAUAUUGUGGCUGUAGACCCGCAGAAGGCUGAGCAGAUGAAAUUCCAGGUGUACACACAUCUGCAUGUUAUCGAGGAGAGGAUGAACCAGAGUCUGGCACUUCUCUACAAGGAUCCUAUCUUGGCCGAGGAGCUCCACGAUGAUAUCCAAGAACUAGUACGGGCAGAGCGGGGCGACAUCAGCGAGCUCAUGACAACGUCCUUCUCUGAGACGCACACCACCGAGGAGCUUCUGCCAGCCGAGAGCGAGGAAGAAAAGGAUGACGAGGAAGAAGAGGAGCGAGAAUUCCAGAACAGGCCUUACCCGCCCCGCGUUGACUUGCAAUCGAAUAAGAAAGGAGAUGAAUAUGACUACGCCCCAUCUGAGAAGGCUCCUACGUAUGAGUAUGAGGAAAAGAUCAACACCUCUGUGGAGCUCAAACAGGUCGUCUACAAGCCCGAUGAGAUCGAGCGAGAUGAACUGCAACCCGACGCCUUGGAGACAUUUAAUCGUGGAGCCAUGGUGGGCUUGCUGGUGGUGGCUGUGGCCAUCGCCAUGGUGAUGGUCAUUAGUCUGUUGCUGGUGCGCAGGAAGCCCUACGGCACCAUCAGCCACGGCAUCGUCGAGGUGGACCCCAUGCUGACCCCGGAGGAGCGACAGCUCACCAAAAUGCAAAACCACGGUUACGAAAAUCCCACUUACAAAUUCUUUGAGCAGAUGAACUGAAGUUGUAGCAAGUUGGUUCCGUCCCGUCGUCAUGGUGAUGCACCGACACACACAGCCUGUAAUGGAUUGAAAACAUUGAGAUUUCAUUAAUUAACUGGAUAAACUCAGUCUUUAGUCCAUACCAAUUGUAAAUGACCAAUUCCAUCAAUCAUCAUUAGCAAAAUGUGAAUAGUGAUUAUUACACUGCUGUAAUUCGCAUACUGUAGAAAAAUUGAAACAAUCAUCACAGUGGCAUGACUUGACCUACUGACACACCACAAUCUGAAUGGUGCAUAAUGCUUUAGAAUAUUGUUUUUGUUUCAUAGUCGACUUUUUAUGAUCUCAUUGUGCAUCCAUGUAGAUGAGUCCGAUAGGCAAGCCCGUUCAUCCUCAUGUAGCAGCACAUACGACCAAUUCAAUUAGAUUUCCCUUCAAAACGUCCAAUGAGAUCAUAUAUAUUAUUUUUAAAAGUAUAUUAUUAAUAUCCGAGUAUCAGCCCCACGUUUGUUUUGAUUAAAUUGGCAAAUAUACAGCAAAAUAUUCCGUUUAGCUUAGUGAUUAAGUUGAUUUGUACUGCAAAUUUAAUAACUGUAAAACAGAAUAUAGAUUUAAUGAAAGCAUGCCAACUCGGUGUACGAAGCUGCUGUAACUAUUUGUAUUGUUCCCGUCACUGCUUCUUAUAAAGUCGCCGUUCCGAAUAGACACUGUAAAUAAUAUCAGACAGGCCCAAUGAUUCAUACCCUGUUUGGAUUCAAAGUUAUUUGUUGAAUGAGUAUCUUCUGCCUGGAAAUGACACGAUACAGCAGAAAUUGAUUUUAAGCAGCCGAUAUUAAUAUAUAUUGAGUUUUCAGUCAUUUAUAUUUUGACAACAUUCUUUUUUUUUUUCCAUUCUAAAAGAUCCUCAUUACUUGGAAUGUCAUCGACAUCAUUUUAAUCCAACACAAGACCGUUUUUUUUUUUUCUUGGUAUUCUGAGGUUCACAUUCCAAGAACACUCUUGGUACAUUUCCUGAAGACUGUAAAUUGUUCAGCUGUGAAUGUAAGUGUGAAUUGUCCAAGUCAGCUUCUGCUUCCCCUUCGACCUAGAAUGGAUUGAUGAAUAAUUUUGGUCAACAUGAUUAAUUCAUCCAAAUUAAUAUCUUUUGACAAAACUUCAUUCAGCCAAUUUUCUUGUGUCAAUCCAGCCAGAAGAUAACUAUUUAUUUUGUCAAAAGUGUGAUUAAUUCUGGGCUCAAGUGUAUCCUUAGUAGUAGACGUCCCGGUAAACGUUUAUUUAAUUCAUUCGGUGUAACGGAAUAAUAUAUCAACUAGUGCGUUGUGCUGUAAACGAGAAGGAGACGCAUUUUCCUGACAUGGCUGAUUGAAAACGGACUGUUGUAAAAAACCAGCACAAGACGACACAGUAACUUCUUUCUGAAUGUAUUUAAGGUAGAUGUUGAGAUUCCAUUCCCUUAGUUCUUUUAUUUUUUCCCCGUUGUCAUUUCCCCCAAAAGUAGUGACGUCCCCCCCCCCCGGGCACAUGCAUCGACGCUCUCGUCAAUACUUUGUAGCAGUCUGCUUAUAAUUUGUCAAGACGGUGGAAUUAAAAAGUCGAAGGUGUAAAAUACAGAGUGCAUUAUAUUGUGUCAGUGUGUGUAUUCAAUCCUAAAAAAAAUUAAAAUAAAUAAAAAAACACAGCACACGUAGUUCUAAGUAGUGAUAGAGUAUGUCAUUAAGCUACUCGUCUUGACAUCUUAACACAAAAUAUUAGCACUCUGUCGAUGCUUUAAUACUUUUUGUUUUUUUUUCCUCUUUAGCUGUGUGUCAUUUUACGAAGCCACUUAAGAGGGUCAAGUUGCGGGAUGUGCAGGUAAUCCCUUUUUGGGAGAUGAUGCAAAAACACACACAUGCACGAUGGAGCUGUGAUGGUGUGUUUCACGAGGCGGGCUGUGUUACGCUCACAGUCUUUGUAUAAUUUGUACAGCUAUGUUAGUGAAUGUCCACAGUUUAAUGAUAGUACCGAAACCAUAGAUGAGAAUAAGCUUGCCUGUUUUUAUUUGGAUCGCAAAAAAAAAACCACCACUGAAGGUUCCCUACCAGCAUUUAGCAAACGUAGUAAGGUAUGUAAUACCGUAGUUACUCCCCCGCCCCCUCCUCCCCCGAUCACAUUUAUACAUGUUGUCCUCAGUUCAAUUCUCCCCCCCCGCUGUGAAAUAUUAAAAAUGUCAUUUAAUCGCUGCGUUAUUGCUUUUUACAAAGCUGUGUUUUGGAUGUAAUUAUAUUGUAUUUUUUAUUUAUAUUGGACGUAAUAAUCAAUUGGGUCAUGCUUCUCACGUGUCAUUUUAGAAGCUUGUAUAGUAAAAUAAUGACAUGUUUAAGAUAAAUGUGAAUUGUAGUCAGGUGUACGCAGCCUCAUUGACAGUGACAGUGUGGCACUAAGCACAAUCCAAGCAAAUUGCUCUGUAUGCGCUGGGGAUGGCUGUUUGACUACAUUUCCAAUGAAUGAAUUAUUUAUUAUUGGUGGAAUUUUCUUUAAAUACAAAUGGUCUUAAUAAUGCCCCCCCCCCCCUGAUAUUCUUCUUGGAUAUAGCUUAAUUUUGCAUUACUGUUGCUGGGCUUUUUUUUUUUUAGAUAACAAACUGGUAGAUUUUAAAUGGAAAAAGGCCUCUGCUGGUGAUAGCUGAGUAGCGUGCUCCAUUUUGCUCCAAGUGGCAAAAUAAAAAUCAUCAAUCAAUUCCAAACAAAGGAUCGAUUAUUAUACUCAUCCCUGGCUUGUGCAGAGAAAAAUGCAACACCGGUUCUGUAUCACCACUACGAUCCUCUAACCAAAGCCAAUGCACCAAGAAGCAGAUACUCGAAUUUGACAAAAAAAGUGUUCUUUGUUGUGUAAAUGUACUUGCAAGCAAUCGGAGGCUGUAAAAAAAAAAAAAAUCAUACCAAGCUGAUUAAUAGUGUAAUAAAACUGAAUGACCCAUAAA